ACUACUCCUCUGUUAAGCUUUUUCAGUAUCACUAUUUACAACCAGGAUUUACACAUUAAUUUAAAUUUAAUUUGGCAUUGUAGAAACUACGAAACAAAACUGGUGGAGUGUUAACAUAAAAACAUUUAAUUCAGAGUUCCUUUAACUGAAUACCCUUCCUAAUAAAAGCGAUACAAAAUCGGGCCCCUUCGAUUAAUCGCCGAGUCAAAAAUAGAAUCGGUCGUGGCGCACAUGUUUUAAGAUCAUUGUUUUGGGGAAAAUAUUGUUCAAUGACUUGCAACUGCAUUUAAAUUAAAUAACGGUGAAGACAUCACAACAAAUAUAUUAUGAAGAAAGUUAGUUUAUGGCUGUUAAAUUUUUUUUCAAUUACAUCUAGUGUUGUGGCGGUAAAAUUCCUGGAUCACUACCGGAUUGGUGGAUUAUUUUCAGAUGACAUACAUAAAGCAGCAUUUCAGGUUGUUAUUGAUAACUUAAAUAAAAAGUGGGACACUGCACCAUUUUUUUUAAUUGGGGAUAGCCUAAAUGUAUCUUUUACGAAUCAUUUUCAUGUUCAAAAGGCUGCAUGUUCAUUACUAGACAAGCGAGUAAUAGGAAUAUUUGGCCCAAGUUCGAGGCACACAUCCAGCUACAUCCAAUCAAUAUGCGACAACAAAGAAAUACCACAAAUUGAAACUCAUUACAAUCCCAAUGUUGAAAAGAUCCAGUCCGAUAUAAAUUUAUAUCCUCAUGCUGCUGAAAUCGCUUAUUUUGUUAUGCAUUUGAUUCGCGAAUUUACCUGGGACACCAUUAUAAUAUUGUACGAGAACAAUGAUAGUUUGGAAAGAAUUGCUCCGCUUUUAGAGCUGAAUAUUGAGUAUGGAGUACAAUUGGUGUUUAGGCAGCUUGAAGUAGAUCAGGAUGGCUCUUACAGAGCGGCAUUAAAAAUAAUAAAAAAGAUGUCAGUCACUAACAUUCUUAUAGAAUGUUCUCUUGACAUUUUAGAAGAAGUUUUAAUAGAAUCUCAAAAAGUUGGAUUAAUAACAGAAAAAUAUCGCUUUAUAAUCACCAAUUUGGACCUGUCGACACUGGAUUUGGAACGGUUUCAAUACAGCGGAUGUAACAUUACAGGAAUUCGUAUGUUUUCCACUGAAAAUGAAAACCUUAUAGCUCUCGCGGAGAAGAUUAAAACAACGCCCCACCUUAUUGAAGAGGAAUUGGAACUGAAGAGAAUCAUGACGCUCUCCACAGUUUUACUUAUAGAUGGCUUAAAUAUGUUUUAUGAUGUCAUAAAAGAAUUAUCUGAAAUGAGCAAGAUUAAAGCUGAAAAGUUAAAAUGCCACGAUGCGAUAUCUUGGAAAUAUGGAUCAACUAUUGUCAAUCAGCUUAAAAGUAAAGUCUAUCAAGGAAUUACAGGGAGAGUCUCUUUUGAUUUGGCAGGAUUUAGACGAUAUUUUACUUUGGACUUAUUAGAACUCACCACCAAAGGACUUUUAAAAGUGGGACAGUGGGAUUCUGAAGAAAAAUCUUUAAUUACUGACAGAAGUCAAGUUCCACAAGAAGAAAGUGACGUAGAGCACAGUAUAUUCAAUAGAACAUUUCGUGUCCUGAUUGUACUGACUGCUCCUUAUGCAAUGCUAAAAGAGUCCACCGAUCAACUAAUAGGAAAUGACCAGUUUGAAGGAUUUUGCAUAGACAUAAUUCAUGAGUUGAGCGUUAUAUUAGGCUUUAAUUACACGUUUAUAGUUCAAGAGGAUGGAAAAAAUGGAAAUCUUGAUAGAGCUACGAACGAGUGGGAUGGUGUCAUACGGCAGAUUAUAGACGGUAACGCUGACUUGGGUAUAACAGAUCUUACAGUAACCUCAGAUAGAGAAAGGGUGGUGGAUUUUUCUCUACAAUUCAUGAACCUAGGUAUCAGCAUCCUCUAUAGAAAACCAGAACCGGUUCCUCCAAGUUUGUUUAUGUUCCUCUCUCCAUUUUCUACGAGGGUUUGGCUUAUGUUGGGAGUAGCAUAUAUAUUUGUAUCUAUAUCCAUCUUUAUCAUGGGUAGAUUAUCACCCAGUGAAUGGACCAAUCCUUACCCGUGUGUUGACGAACCAGAAUACUUGGUGAAUCAGUUCAGCAUAAGAAAUUCACUUUGGUUUACUAUUGGCGGCUUGUUGCAGCAAGGAUCUGAGCUGGCUCCUAUAGGUAUUUCUAUUCGCACUGCCUCGGGUUUCUGGUGGUUUUUCAUUCUUAUUAUGGUGUCUUCCUAUACGGCAAAUUUAGCCGCAUUUUUAACAGUAGAGACUAGGGUUACACCGUUUAAGAAUAUUGAUGAUUUAGCUAAACAGACUGAAAUUAAGUAUGGCGCGAAACGAGGGGGAGCUACUGCGAGUUUUUUUCAUGACUCCAACCUUACCACCAACCAAAUAGUCUACAAGCACCUCAAAGAACACGACGACCAAAUGACCGAUGAAAACGAGGAAGGCGUACGAAGGGUCGAAACAGAAAACUACGCUUUUCUCAUGGAAUCCGUGACCAUUGAAUACAACGUUGCUAGGCAUUGUUCUUUGGCUCAAGUUGGAGGACUCUUGGAUAAUAAAGGAUAUGGAAUAGCCAUGCAAAAAGAUUCAAAAUACAGAAAUGAAAUUAGUACAGCAGUGGUGAAACUGCAGGAAACGGGUGUGUUAACCAAAUUGAAAAUUAAAUGGUGGAAGGAACAAAGGGGUGGUAGCACUUGUUCGAUCCAGUCCAAAAAAUCAGAAGCGGAAGCCUUAGAUCUUCAAAACGUCGGAGGUGUGUUCCUUGUAUUAUUCUUAGGUGCACUACUGGCUCUCCUAGGAUCAUUUAUAGAAAUGUGCGUUAUUCUAUAUAGAAAACGUAAAGUCUACAAAAAACCAUUCAAAUAUUUACUAUGGAAGGAAUUAGAAUUUUUUUUCCAGUUCGGUAAAAAUGUUAAGACUGUGGGUCGCGAUGAGCGCGAACCGGUUUCAAACCAAAAUAAUAAAGUUAGUUUUUAAUAAA